GACAGCCGCCGCAAACAUACACGAACUGGCCCAGCCACUCGAGGCACUCAGCUAGUAGCGAAGGCGAAGCAGGCGGCGGCGCAUCGAGCGACUGCGGCGGCGCGGAGCCGGUGACGGAGGGGGCGAGGCGCAGCGAAGUCGAUCCGCGAACUUCUCGAGCCGUUUUCUGCGGAGGGUUGCGUCAAUAGCACAUGACCUGCUAAAACCCUAGCGCGAGCAGCGGGAAGGGAAGGGAAGGAACUCCGAUCCCCUGGCCGUGACCACCGCGGCGCCGCCAUGAAGCUGACGGUGAAGACUCUCAAGGGCACCCACUUCGAGAUCCGGGUCCAGCACAAUGACACCAUUAUGGCUGUCAAGAAGAACAUUGAAGAGAUUCAAGGAAAGGAUAGUUAUCCAUGGGGUCAACAACUACUGAUUCACAAUGGCAAGGUUUUGAAGGAUGAAAGCACAUUGGAUGAGAAUCAAGUUGGCGAAGCUGGAUUUCUAGUUGUCAUGCUUAGUAAGAGUAAAGCUUCUGCUUCCAGUGGAGGUUCAUCUGCCCAGCCUUCAAGCACUCCUGUUACCAGUCAAGCGCCUCCAGUUGCUCAACCACAAGCUCCUCAGCCCCAAGUCCCAUCAACUACGACUUCUCAGCCUGAAAGACCACCUGCAGAGACCCCUUUGAGCACAGUUGAUAUUGCAGCAUCGGAUUUACUGUCAGGAAGCAAUCUGGACACAAUGAUUAACCAGAUAAUGGAGAUGGGGGGUGGCAGUUGGGAUAGAGAUAAGGUCCAAAGAGCUCUCCGUGCAGCCUAUAACAAUCCAGAACGUGCCAUUGACUAUCUGUACUCUGGUAUUCCCGUGACAGCCGAAGUUGCUGUUCCGGUGGUUGGUCAAGGGGCAAACACCACUGCUGCAGCUCCUGGAGAAACUGGCCUCUCUGGAAUCCCAAACACAGCACCGUUGGAUCUUUUCCCGCAGGGGGCUUCCCAUGCUGGAGGUGCUGCUGGUGGUGGAUCACUUGAUUUUCUUCGAAAUAACCAACAGUUUCAAGCACUUCGGGAAAUGGUCCAUACAAAUCCACAAAUUUUACAGCCUAUGCUCCAGGAAUUGAGCAAGCAGAAUCCUCAACUUCUAAGGUUGAUUCAGGAGAACAAUGAUGAGUUCCUUCAGUUACUAAAUGAGACAUUUGAAGGCGGCGAUGGGGACUUCUUAGACCAGGCUGACCAGGAUGAAAUGCCUCAUGCUAUCAGUGUGACACCAGAAGAGCAAGAGGCAAUUGGAAGGUUGGAAGCCAUGGGGUUUGAGAGAGCACGUGUCAUCGAAGCAUUCUUCGCCUGUGACAGGAAUGAGCAACUCGCUGCAAACUAUCUUCUUGAGCAUGCUGGUGACGAAGAAUAGAGAACAUUUAGUUCACAUUGGAGCUUGUUAUGAACAUCUGACCCAAAUUGAUGGUGACUGACGAAUGGCUACACAGGUUGAGAUGGAGCUAAUGCUCGAUUGAACUUAUUAUCUGUAUGCACAACACCUUAGGUUACUUGCAUUGCGAAUUUGAAAAAACUUGUAGAAUGAGCAAAUUUAUUGGGAGCUAUCGGUGGAGUGCUGAAAUGUUGUUUCCUUU